ACCGACAGGUGAGGAGGAAGAAGAGGAAGUCCGGCUCAGGAAGCUGUAGUUUUGUUGAAGGAUGGGUGGAGUUCAGAGACAAGCGAAUAGCAAAGAGAGUAGCAGUGUCGCUCCACAACACACCCAUGGGAACAAGGAGACGCCAAAGGUUUUUCUCUGACCUCUGGAACAUGAAGUACCUGCACAGGUUCCAGUGGACUCACCUGAGCGAGAGGCUGGCCUACGAGCAGACCGUGCUUCAGCAGCGACUCCGAGCUGAAGUUUCUCAGGCCAAGAGGGAAACUAACUUUUAUCUAAACAACGUGGAGAAAAGCACUCACCUGGACAAAGUCAGGAAGAGGAAGCAGACAGAUGGUGAACAGGUUGAUGAGAAAAAAUGGGACUUUACCCAGCGACCAACAGAGGAGGAGUUUCAGAAAAGGAAAAAGAGAAACUCUGAUACCCAGAGGCACCUGGACAAGACCCGCCUCCUGCAGCAGAAGAGCCAAUCAAAUGUGUCUCUGCUGGCAAAGAUCUUUAACUCCACCCACUCAGAGUAACAGUUGACACAUGUUUUACUACAUGAAGUAAUCUGAAUGUCACUGUUCUCUAACCAACAGGGACACAAUGACAAAAGACUGGAGUCAGCAAGGAUUUCAUUAGCUGCUGUGAUUAAUUGAAGUUGUAAUAAAGAUUAUUGUACUUUAA